AUGAGCCCUUGCUAUGUCCCAGGCCCUGCUGGGAUCCCCCUCCACCUCCUGAUGCUGCUGAUGGUCACAAAGGGAAACAGAGAAGUGAACCCCGGUGGCCACCACACUGCAAGCAUCAGGAAACAUUUACUGCCUAGAAGGAUGACCUCUGGGGCCAGGACUUCUAGCACCACACUGAACAAAAGCAGUGAGUGCAGACAUACUUGCCUUGUUUCUGAUCCUAGGCAAAAAGCAUUCAGUCUUUCACCAGGAUGGAGCAGUCUGAAUGGACACCAAACAGAAAUAGCUGCAGCUAGACUGUGA